AUGUCCCAUGAAUCCAAGGUUUUCAGGCGCAGUUCCGAGAUGGAACUUGAUGCACCGGAACGCGGCGUCAUUAUCAGCGCCGACUGGAGCAUCAAGGAAGAGAAUAAUGCGAGAUGGAAAGUCGAUAUUUACCUCAUGCCUCUAAUGAUUCUCGGCUUCUUUGCCUUGCAAAUCGAUCGCGCGAAUAUCGGAACAGCGCUCACAUCAAGCAUCACUCAGGAUCUUGGGAUCACAACAAACGAGAUCAAUAUCGGAAAUCAGUUGCUAUCUUUGGGCAUUUUCCUCCUGGAGAUACCCUCGAACAUUCUACUGUUGCGGGUCGGGCCCCGUCUUUGGCUGUCUUGUCAGAUCAUCGCCUGGGGUCUGGUAGCAACCUUCCAGGGUUUUAUCAAUUCAUAUGGAUCGUAUCUAGCCACCAGGAUGCUUCUGGGCUGCAUGGAAGCUGGAUUUAUCCCAGGCUGCCUGUAUUUUAUGGGAGGCUGGUAUAAAAAGAAUGAGAGUCGCGUUCGGGUGAUAACCUUUUACAUCGGUCAGAAUUUUGCCACGGCAACUUCGUCGCUGCUGGGUGCAGGUUUACUCAAGCUCGAUGGUCACCUCGGAUUGCCUGGGUGGCGGUGGCUAUUUAUCGUUGACGGUUGCAUCACGAUAUUCAUCGGCCUGGUCUUUGUUCUAUUCUUACCUCCAUCUCCCGAUAACGGAAAGCCCCUGAUCAGUUUCGGUAGAUGGAGCUACUUUACUGAAAAGGAACAGUACGUAUUGAAGAAUCGUGUGCUUCUUGAUGACCCCAGCAAGAUCCAUGGCGAGAGAGCCCAUGUUGGUGCUCGGGAUAUCUUGGCGUUCCUUAGAACACCAAAGAAGUGGAUGCAUGUCCUAAUCACCAUGACUUCGGUUUGUGCGGUUCAUAGCCUUAGCACAUACAGUCCCAAAAUCUUGAAGUCGGCCGGAUUUGAAGCUACACAGGCAAAUGCUCUUUAUUCUGUGUCGUCGUACACAGCAAUUUUCUUCAAUUUCACAUUGGCGUACUUUGCCGACCGGACUGACCACACAGGACCCUUUAUACUCUUUGCCGCGUCUUGUAAUGUGAUAUCUUACGCAGUUCUUCGAAACCUCGAUGUUUAUUCCAAGUGGUCCAAAUACGCGUCUCUAAUCGUGGCAGGUAUACCAUAUUCAGCCGUCCAUGCAUUGAAUGUUGGAUGGAUGGCUAAUAGUUACUCGAGCAUACAAGACCGAAGUGUGUCGUCGGCAUUCAUCAUUAUGGCUUCUAAUCUUGCUGGCAUUCCUGCUGGUCAAGUCUUCCGGGCAGAUGAUGCACCAUUUUACAAACGUGGGGCAACAGUGCUUACGGCGCUCGCUGGGCUUUGUUGGGUGCUGGUAGCAGCGUUGGGACUUUGGCAUCGCAAAGAAGCAAGAUCACUGAAAACAGUAAUCACACAGCUAUAA